AUGUUUAACGUUCUCAGUGUCUACAAGUUAGUUGUUGCGUUGCUGCUUUAUGGAGGAGGGACCAGAGAGGCAGGCAGUUCAGCUGUUGUUGACCCAAGGCUGACUGGCCGUGGACUGCUGGCCCCUUACUGCCAGCCCAGUGUGGGUCCCUAUGCCCCCAAAGCCCACAGCAGAAUUUCUGCAAAGCCAUCUGUGCCGCUAGUCUCGACGCUGCAGCCAAGAGCGAGACCCCAGAGUCUCGGAGUCUGCGGGGCGCUCCUGGAAGAUGCGUUCCACCACCAGCCAGGCGGGUGGGUGAGCGGCGGCGCAGCUGCUGGCGCGGGCGGCGCGCGUGCACGGGGAAAGCGCGGCCGCGGCCAGGGACGGUGGGCGCCCGGGGCCCGGGUAGCCGACGCAGGCGAGUCUCCUAGAAGCCCCGGCAGAGGAAGUGGCGAGGACCAGAGCGGGGAAACCGGGCCGCCCCCGCCGCGGAGCGACUGCGCCUCCAGCAGCGUCCCGGGCACGCUCGCUCCCUGCAAUGUGCUCGUCCUUCGCGAAGAACGUCCUGGGAGGCCCCGCCAGAGACUGCCCCCGCGCCCCCACGACCUCAUGGCCAGUGCUGUUAAAAUCAAGCACACCCCGCAGCGAGUAGAGGAACGGCUGGGAAAAGCCACAUUGUGUUCUUGUCCUUACCUACCCGCCCCCCAGCCCCACGGCUCUUCCCCUAAGUGCGUCCAGCGCCUACGUCCCGCCGCCGUUGCCGCCACCACCGUGCCCUAGAGAAAGGCUGAAGGUGAUGCUAAAGGAGAUAGAGCCAAGGUGAAGGACGAACCACAGAGAGGAUCCACGAGGUUGUCUACUAAACCUGCUCCUCCAAAGCCGGAGCCCAAACCUAAAAAGGCCCCCGCAAAGAAGGGAGAGAAGGUACCCAAAAGGGAAAAGGGAAAAGCUGAGGCUGGCAAGGAGGGGAGUAACGCCGCAGAAAAUGGAGAUGCCCAAACAGAUCAGACACAGAAAGCUGAAGGUGCUGCAGAUGCCAAGUGA